GCAUGCCGCAUAACACGGCAAAAUGGUCCCUGGUUUCACUUAAUUAUAAAAUAAAAGACUUUUACCCGAGACAGGAGUGCCCACAUUAAGUUGCAAAGUGAAAUUUGUGACGUAUUCUUGAGUUAUAUAACUUCCUACAGCGCCAGUCAAGAAACGGCACGAUAGUUUGUACAGUUGCAGUUAGAAUGAAGAAUUGGCUGCUUUUCGUUGUUUCUUUCUGUUUGGUUGUGAUAUGCAAAGGCCAUGUUACCUGGCAUCAACUUGGUACGAACGAGUAUUAUAUAUACACUGGUGUUAGGGUUAACUACCAAGCUGCAGUUAGUGCGUGUCAUUCAAUGGGCGCUACACUUGCUCGCAUUAAAACUGAACAAGUUCAAGAUUUUCUGAUGGGGAAGUUAAAAUUGUUGAAUCCAGAAGUCACAUGGGCAGUUUUCUACAUUGGGUUGAAACGAUUCAAUUCAAGUUCAACAGGAUUCCAGUGGAAUGAUGGGACGAUGGUGACGUCAGGUUAUACGAAAUGGGCUCCUAAUGAACCAAGUAACAGAAAUGAAAAUGAAAGUUGCGUCGAGCUUGUUUAUAAGAUCGGUGAUUCAUACCACGGCAAAUGGAACGAUCUAACUCAGGGGUUCCCAAACCGCGGCCCGCGGGCCAUCUGCGGCCCGCGGGAGCAAAAUAAAUGGCCCGCAGAGGACUUUAAAAAAUUACCGAUUUACAUACGUAGAUACGUUCACAAAUGCACGUAUUACUUUAAAAAAUCUUCUAAAAUCGUUUUAUUAAUUUAUCUGAUAAUCUACAUUGCCUUUGUUACGUCACAAGAAUAGUUAUGACCGUCACAGCAUCAACCAA